GGCAGAGAGGAGAGAUCAACAAAGGCAUCCCUCAGACUCACACAUCUCUACAGAGCACACAGCACAGACAUGACUGCGGUUCCUGCCAUCAGAAUCCUGCCCAUUGGGUUCCUGGCUAACCUGCUGCUCUUCUCCUUCAUCUCGCUCUCUGUUUGCGUGGAGUACACGGAGGAAACUGGCAAACUAGGCAAAAUCAAUGUGCUUCAGAGAGCAGGGAAUCAGUGGGCAAUUGGUGAGUGGAAUCUUAAUAAUAGACACAUGCAGACCUAUUGAAAUGCAAGCUAUUAUUGUAUUUAAGGAUCAGUGUCAGACAAGGGAAAAGAUGGAAAGACUGCUUAAUCUAUUACAAAGCCACUGUGUCAAGUAGGAGAAAGUGACAUAAAAGGACUGGCUUGACACUUGACAAGGAGAUUGCAACAAUAGACAUGUCAC